UUUGAGUUAAUUCUAGGAUACUGUUUACACCUAUCGACUUCUAGCUACCUGAAUCAGGAGAAUUGCAGUUUCUUUGUUGAGGGUUGCCCAGACCUACCAUAUCUUAGUAACAACAUUUAUCAAUAUCCGCGAUGCCAACAGAUAGACAACAUACAACGUUGUUUUCUUGCCGAUCCAAGCUGUAUAAAGAGGACCUCCUCGGUGAUUUCAACGACUCCUUUUGAAAAAGCAACAAAUACAUCCUUCGUAUCGUUCAUCCUAUUCAACACCUCCACCUCAUCUGGAGUCCCUCCAAUCUCCGACGAUGAACACAGUAUGUCCGGGGGUCUGCUGGUGGUUAUAGUCCUAUGUCCGGUGGUUGUUGCUGCCAUUAUUGUAUCUGUCCUGUUAUUUGUAUACUACAAAAGGCGGCGACGAUUCUCUGGAAGUAAAAUAGAGUCCGGUUCUGGCGAAGAAACCCAUUUGCUUCAAGUGUAUCCUAAUUCAGAGGCGCAUUGGCCAACUCAUCAUAGGCGGCGUUCUGAUGUUGAAGUGCAAGAGGAAGGAGGAAAUUUGCAUAUUCGAUUCAGCAUACAUCGCAUUCUAGAUGAUGAUACUGUCAGGUGGCAGAAAGACGGACAGGACAUACAGACUUCAGACUCGGAGAAAUAUAUUUCUAUCAGCCACAGACAUGUUAAAGACAGACACAUACAUUUGAAUGUUUACAACACAACAAAUUUGGAUUCUGGGGUUUACACGGCUAUUUGGAAAGAGGGAGAUGUAGAGCACAAGAGAGAUGUAUCAUGGCAAAAACAGCCAGUAGAUAUGUUGAGACAGUAUGGUAAUGACAUAUGUAUACGUGUGACUACAAAUCAUCCACCGUCAGAAGUCACGUGGUUUAAAGACGGGAAGACAAUAAAAUAUUCUGAUAAUCCAAACAAAUACCUCUCUGUGAUAGGAAAAGACGAAGAUGAUAAACAUUUCUUUCUGUACAUUUUGGAAUCUGAUCUGAGUGACUCUGGUUCAUACAAAGCCUCAUGGACGGAAGUCGAAGAUGGUGUUACGUUAAAGUGUGGAAGCUCCGAGGUCAAAAUUCAUUUAGAAGCUCUUAGACUCACCGGACCAAACAUCAAAGUUGAAAAAGACAAGACCUUAUCACAAAGGGUUGACAAAAUGAAAAACACAAUUUUCUCCAAAGACAGAACUUAUCACCUUGUGAUAACAAAGUGUGAAGCCUCCACGAAAAAGUGUACACUUGACACAUUCAGCCAUUUUGAAGAUGACGAUAUCCGCCGUCUUUUGCUCUUCGGUGUCCUUUUAAGUGAAGGCCAGAGGAUAAAAUGGAAUAACAAGGCUCACCUAGAAUUACUAGAUGACAUCAGAAAACUAAUGAAACACAUGCAACAAAUAACAAUCAAUGAUUAUAAGGAUGCUGCUAAUACAUUAUCUGGCUCAAGUUUACUAGUCGAUGAAAAAGGAAUAUAUUUUGUAAACGAAGAAAUAGAAUUGCAAACAAUGUGGGCUCUCAUGCAAAAUCACAAUUCAAAAGGAACAAUUGCUUGGUUGUUUGAGCAUGAAAAAAGAGACAUUGUUCUUAAAUAUCUGAGAACACCUGAUUAUGAAAUACAAAAUGAGGAGACCUGUGUUUUCCUACCUGAUAUGUUAUGUGACGACUUCAGGGAAUUUCUGAUUCAGCAAUUUAUUGAAGACUCUGGAGUAGGGCAGAUGUCUCAAGAACACAGAUUAGAGCUCCUGGAAAUGAAAAAAGAAGGAUAUAUAUUCAAUCAAAGACAGAGCACCUUUGCACAGUGUGCCAUAUAUUACACGUUUAUUGCUGGAGACAAAGCUCCUGACUGUUUAGGGAAGUAUUUCAGAACAUCGGGAUAUGAACCCCAGGAAAAGGAAUUGUGUAUUUGUGUCCCUUCAGAGUAUAACGCAGAUCUAAUCAAAAGAAUGGAUAUAGAUAUUCUAACUCAUAAAACUAUGAGUGAUACAAAAAUCCAUACAGAUAUUAGUAACAAGUUGCAUGUUCCAGAGGAAGUGAUGUCAUGGAACCUUGCUCAAAGGCAAAGAUUUGUUAAACAUUUUAAAGACGGUAACAUUGAAAUGUAUCGAGCUCGUGGAAUGAUCGUAGGAUGUGCAGGGGCAGGAAAGACAACUCUGCUCAGACGUUUACAACGCCGAAACAGAAAGGAUCUUAAAAAAGAAACAACAAGCACAAUAGGGCUUGAAGUUCAUGAUAAUAUAUUCCUGAUUGACUCAGACACAAUUGAAGAUUACAGCCCCGAUGAUGCUCAGCAUGAAAGCAGCAUGGAAAAUCCUCCCGUCAAUUUGCACGUGGACAGGAAACUCUUAAGUAUGACGGACUUUGCUGGACAAGUCGCCUACUAUGCCUGUCAUCAGAUUUACCUCUCUAGAAGAGCUUUCUACAUACUGGUCGUCGACAUGUCCAAGGACUUAAAGGGUGUUGCCUACCAAAAAGAUCGCCAUGACCCGAUGGGAUCUUUGUUUGAAAACUGGACAUACGAAGAUUAUUUUGUGUUCUGGCUUCGAUCCAUUAAGACGUAUUGUGAUGAUGAGAAGAUGGAGGAAAAGUACGGAGACAAAGCUGGGCCAAAUCCCGUCAUCCUUAUAGCCUCUCAUCACGACCGAUUAAAGAGAAAGCAUAAAACUUCUAAAGAGGAAUCUUACAAUUCUUUCUACGACAAACUCGAAAAUUGCUUGCCAAAGGAACACACGUUAAAAGACCACAUCUCAACUGAGCGUUAUUUCGAAAUUGAAUGUCCAAAGGGUAGUCUACGUGAAGAACAAGCAAAGGCAAUAGAAGACAUUAGAAAAUGCAUCGUUCAAACUGCAAAGAGUCUACCACAUUGGGGUGAAAAAAUUCCUGUUCAGUGGUCAAUAUUUGAGCAUUAUGUACGAUCAAAUAAAAAGAAGAAAAUUGUGGCUAUGGAGGAGUUGAAAUCUAUGGAUGAAUUCAGGUCAAUGAGUGAAAACGACAUUGAUGAUAUGCUAAGAUUUUACCAGGAGAUUGGUCAGAUUAUAUACUUCUCAGACAAAGGUCUUAGAGAACAUAUCAUACUAGAUGUUCAGUGGUUUGUUGAUGCAUUCAAAAACAUCAUAACGGAUCCAUUUCAUGUUCACGCAUUCUGCAGAAGAGUUAUGGAUUGGGAUCUAUUCAUGAAAACCGGCAGAAUUUCCGAUUCAACGCUUCACAAAGUUUGGAGAAAAAACAACAAGGAGUCGUACAUUUCCGAAAGAGACAAAAUUAUGCCAUACAUGGAAAAACUUGGCAUUCUUGCAAAAAUUCGAACGCAAGCGGUCGAGAGAAAAAAACAUGAGAAGGUUCCAUCUGAACAUCAAACAGAAUCAGUUUAUUAUAUUCCUAGUAUAAACAAAACUGACGUUACAAAAAUGUGCAAAGAAGUCAUCAGCAAUGGAAACAAGACUCCAAUUUUAAUUUUUUCUUUCAAAACGUAUCUCCCGCAUUUCUUCUUUUACAGACUUGUUGUUACAUGUUUUUCUGUGUGGGACUCUUUAAGUGAUGACCUUUUCUGUAAAAAUCUCACUUUUUAUAAAGAAAAGGGAGGGGAUAGGAACAUUGCUAUUGGUGUUAACAAAACAUCUAUUCACCUUCAAGUAUUUACGCCUGGUUGCGACAUUGAGCUGACGGCAGACAAAACCAGGGAGAUCAGAAAACAUGUAGAAACCAUGAUUCAGCAACUUGCCACGACCUUCCAUCAGAAAGCUUUGUACGAAGUUGGUUAUGCGUGUAAGGAUCUGGGGAUUACGGAAAAGGAUGAAGAUUGUUUCCUGACAGAGAAAGAAGUUAAAGAACUUGAAACUAAUGAAAGAGUAUGCCCACGAUAUUAUAAGAUAAACCACUGGAAACACAACAUAGUGCGUGAUAAUUUAUUACACUACUGGUUUCAGGCUGAUGUUGCCACAAACGAGGAGUUACCUUGAUGAAAUUCAUGUAAACAGUAUCCAAA